AUGACGUCCGUCGCCUCCAAACGACUCUUCUCUGAGUACAAAUCUCUUAGCGUGGACCCGCCAGAAGGCAUCACGGCGGGUCCCAUCAACGAAGACGACCUCUUCGUCUGGGAAGCUCUCAUCCAAGGACCAGAAGGCACACCUUUCGAAGGAGGAGUCUUUCCCGCCGAACUCAAAUUCCCGAGAGACUACCCGCUCAUGCCGCCCACGAUGAAGUUCACAUGCGACAUGUGGCAUCCCAAUGGUGAGCGGAGCGAAUGGAAGCCACAUAGAGUGUAUGUAUCAUGCUAAUCGACGGACAGUCUAUCCUAACGGAGUGGUGUGUAUAAGCAUCCUCCACCCUCCAGGCGACGAUCCAAACCAUUACGAAUCCGCUUCGGAAAGAUGGAGUCCCAUACAAAGCGUGGAGAAGAUUUUGAUUUCGGUCAUGAGUAUGAUCGCCGAGCCGAACGAUGAGAGCCCUGCGAAUGUGGACGCGGCGAGGAUGUGGCGGGAGCGGAGGAAAGAGUAUGAAGCGCGGGUGAGGGCGGAUGUCAAGAGGAGUUUGGGACUCUGA